AUGACAAGUUCAACUACAGGUCCCUUUUGUAUACGGUUGAGGGACCGCCGACCGAAUAAUCAGGCGGCACCUUUACCUUGCAUACCUUACCUACCUAACCACAAGCCCAUCAGCCGAGUCACGCCCGGACAAGGCAUGCGCCGGACCAAUAACGACAGGGCAACGCCCUCCCCACGCAGCGGAGUGUUUGCACGCAUGCCAGUGCGGCUUCCCACAACCUCGUCAACACCGCCAACGCCGACAUCGACAGAGUCUGCGAUGCCGGAAAAGGUCUCUGUGCUAUUCUGCUGCCUGGGCAACAUUUGCCGGUCGACAAUGGCCGAAGGCGUCUUCCGCGACAUGACUGCAAAGGCGCCCUACAAGGACCGGGUCGGGAGGGUAGACUCGUGCGGCACAGGCGCGUAUCACACAGGCGACAGCCCGGACGACCGGACAAUGGCGACGUUGGAGGCGCACGGAAUCACAGACUACCAGCACGCGGCGCGCAAAGUUUCGCUCAAGGACUUUGACACGUUCGACUACAUCUUCGCCAUGGACCGGUCCAACCUGUCGGACCUGGAGCGGCUGAAGCGCAGCAAGCCCGACGCAAAGGCCAAGGUCAUGCUCUUUGGCGAGUUCUCGGGCACGGGCAAGGCCGAGAUAGUCAACGACCCUUACUACGGUGGCCACCAGGGGUUCGAAAAGGCCUACGAGCAGGCGACACGGUUUUCAAAGAACUUCCUAAAGGACAGGUUUCCUGGAGUGGAGGUCGAGUCGGAGAGCUAG